AUAGAGUGGGCGUGGUGUCAGGCUCGGCGAGAGAGAAAAGCAAAACAAUCAUUUUUAUCCAUUUUUACCGGCUGCUUUUAGAGUCCGUGGUGAAAUACACUCUCGGCAGGGAGUCGUAGUCUCUCAAUACUAUUAAAUGCAUCUUAUCCCGCGCAGCACUAAAAUCUACCGAGCGCUGGUGAUUUUGCUUUAGUCACAUUUGAUCCAGGUUAGAAUGAGUUCCAAGCGGCUCCUCGAGCAGCCUCGAGCCGGAGACAUCACGCGUGAAGGGGGCGAGCCCGUCACUGGGAAAGCGCUCAAAACAAACGCGCUGCACGAAGCUGCUUUAACGAACUUUGGCAAGGAAAUCUCUCCAAAUGGACAUUAUUAUACCCCAACGAGAGAGAGGCACUACAUUCAUAAGAAGUUUGCAUGUGGCAGAGAGGAGGACGAACAGAGCUCGGGUAGGGUCUUUAAACACGGCUGCCCUGCUCAUCGCCUGAUCCUGAAUGGCUUCAGGCUACAAGACCAAAUCCACAUGGAGGCUUGGAGCCCAUUGAGAGGGCCAGGGGAGCCAGGAUGUCGCCUGCCAUCUCCCGAGACACCGCACCCGCACACGUCCUCCAUCAUCCCCGUCCCACAUGACAGGAGGCCUUCUGGUCUUGCUGAUAAAGAGGUGAUGGCCGCCACCGUCCUGACCAUACUGUCCACCAGCCCAUUGGUGCUCAACCCUUCCACCGGUGCCUCAGGUGCAGAUUUGGCUGGUAAGGGCUGGAAGGAGAGCCUGUCUGCCAGCUACAGCAGCUCUACCAGUGGGAACUGGAGCUGGGACGCCAGCGACCAAUCAGUGCCCUCCACUCCGUCCCCGCCCCUCUCCAAUGAUCCCGGCAAGAGCUUCCUGCUUUCCUCCCAGAGUGAUGACAACAUUGAGGAAACCGAGAGUACACACUUCCUGUUCGAGGACCCCAUCCCCCGAAAAAGAAAGAACUCCAUGAAGGUGAUGUUUAAGUGUCUGUGGAAGAACUGUGAAAAAGUCCUCAGCACUUCCUCAGGGAUCCAGCGCCACAUCCGCACCGUGCACCUGGGGCGAAACGGAGAUUCUGACUACAGCGAUGGCGAGGAGGAUUUCUACUACUCUGAGAUCGAGGUGAACAUGGACACGCUUUCGGAGGGGCUGUCCAACCUCACGCCCACCUCUCCUACUACGUCCGGCCCGGCCCCCGUCUUCCCUGUCUUGACCUGUGAUGCGUCUCGAUCUGAGCCCGCCCGUAUGAUCCACACCCCCCUCAGCCAAUCAGCACCGUCGGCUCUGUGCCAUAUCCGCACUGACCACGCUUACCAGGCUACAACCCCUGUCAGCAUUCCCAGCAUGCCCUCUGAUCCGCCUCACAGUGAGGAUAGGAUCAGUGUAUCCUGGCAGUCGCCCCCUGUCAUUUAUAAAGCUCUACCGGGCCCGAUGACUCAGAUCCGCACUGUUAGCAUCGGUGAGAAGAGACAGCCUGUUAACCACACCACUGUCAGCAAAACACACGCCAACACCACCUCCACUGCCAAACCCACUACUGGAACCAGGAAACCGCGUGGCGAAGCCAAGAAGUGCCGAAAGGUGUAUGGCAUGGAGAAGAGGGACCUGUGGUGCACAGCGUGCCGCUGGAAGAAGGCCUGCCAGCGCUUCACUGACUGAGCUAUAUCCCUCACCCCACUAUAAAACGUGCUCUUUUAUUGCGGCUGUCCCAUGGACUGAGCGCCGGUGUCUCCUGAACACUCUCAGAGCGAACUUCACGAGCUGAUGUGUCCGUCUGAAGCAUGUGGCCUUUUUAAUGUCACUGAUUCCUCCAGGCCACCAGGGGUGCUCUUAUCCUACCGCUUCCAUGGUGGAACACUGAGACUUUCAUUCA